ACUUGGCCAUAGACUCAAAACCGAAUAUGAAGAGUUCCAUUGCAAUUGCCUUGCUCAUUGUGGGCGUAGUUGGAGUCAGCGUUCAGGCUGCCUCGGUGGCGAAACCCACCUGCGGUGGCACCACCUCCUCCAAGGACAUCAAUCUGGUGAUUCCAACGAAUCCGCCCAGAGAAUGCGAGUACCACAUCAAUGCAUACAGCAAAUAUGUGUGCCAGCUGCGCAUUGACUUCGCCAUGACCCUCGCUCAGCCAACGUUGCACGAACAAUCUGGAGGACUGAAGACGGCCGAAUGCGAUCAGGAUUACUUCGAGGUCAACGGUCUGAGACUGUGCGGUGUUGAGGUCUGGCAGCACAUCUAUGUGCCCUUCAAUGCCACCGCUGGCGUCUCACGCAUCGAUCUGCUGAUUGCUCUGGCGAAUCGUGCCGGCGGUGUUUCGCUGCCCACACCCGACUGGAACAUGGUGGUGAGCCAAUUGGAGUGUCCCGCUGGCGCUUCGGUGCGUGAGCUUGAGAUUGAGCAGCGCGCCACCUCUUACACCGAUGGCUUCCAAGUGGCGCCACCCGGUUGUCUGCAGUAUUUCCCAGAUGCCAAAGGCGUGGUCAAGUCCUUCAACUACAACGAAGGCGCCGGCAUUUAUCCAUCGCAUUUGAACUAUGCUAUCUGCUUCCGUCGCGAUACUUCCACAACAGCACUCACCAUUCGCUCGUACUUCUUCCAUGUGGGCGCCACUUCAGCAGCAACCACUUUGCUCACCGAUAGCUCGUGUUAUCGCAGCGGCAGCUCCAGCGUGCAGAAUGCCGAUUUUCUGAUGGUGCCACAAGCCACAUUGGUGGCGAACAACGAACGCGCCACCUACUUCUGUGGCGCCACCAGUGGCGAUGUGGUCAUAACCAGCGACAACCCAGGUCCUUUGAUUGUGCUUUUCAACAGCGAUGGCAUCUAUGAACCACAUGACGAGGGCUUCGCUUUCACUUAUACAGUUCAAUAAAAAGCUUCGAGGGGAGCGUGCAGCAGCUGCGGUUAAAAUAAACAUUUAACUUGUUAACUGAUUUAUUGACGAAAAUAACAUUGCUAUCUA